AUGGCUAUGGCUUGCGAAGGUUCCGUUCAGCGUGCCUUGAUCGGCCACGCCGCGUUCCCGAGAACGCCGGAGACAAUCGAGGCUGCAGACAAUGUGAUCUUCGAGAAGAGCCAGAACUGCGUCCAGUUCUAUCCAAGUAUCGGCGCUGCGAUUUGCUGGAAGAUUCGCGAUAGUGUCAGGGGGCCUCUUGCUUGCGCGAAACUCAAGCACAAGCUCUCCGAUGGUGAGAUGAACCACAAGUACAGCAGCCGUGCGAAGACUGCGUAUGAGGCGGGCUUCAUUUCCAAUGUGGGCGAGGACGGCUUCAGCGUGCCGGAGUUCAGACUCGCCGAUCCGGAUUUCAUGGGCUCGCAUAUCUUGCUCAAGACUUGGAUGACCACCAUGGCUGUCGUGUUUGAUUGCCCGGACAUGAAGAUGGAGCCGCGCUCCUGGAACUUCUUCCAAGUUGGUGAUUGUGGCCGAGCUCCCGGGCAGCUCCAGGCGCAGGCUGCAGCCUACAUUAUGAAGAACCUCUGCAAGAAGCCGAGUGGGAAGCGGCGUAACGAUGCUACCAGUGGCCAGCACGAGAUCAUGUUCAGCACUCCGGAAAUCACUUGCUUGUGGGGCUUCUGGGUCACCCAAGGCAAUCUCACCAGCAUUGAUGUGAAAUGGUUCAACUCCAAAGCCACGCCUCCGCAGAGCAUGGUGCAUCAUGAUGAGACUGUGAGUCCUAUGUCUGACUACUACAGUGUGCCGUGCAGCACCAAGUGGUCGCAGCAGCUCACGGUGAAGGGUCACGUGAUUUUCACCCCCGGAGACGAGGAUGCAGUGACCUUGUCCGACUACAUGCAUCAGGUGGCCAAGCGUAGCAAGCUUAUGCAGUUGAGCGACCUGAGCCGGCACAUUGACUACCAAGAAUGCCGCAUGACGGUGAUUUAG